GAAGAAGAAGAAGAAGAAGAGUGCCAUCGCGGAGCUGUUUCCGGUGCUACGUGUAAACAAAGCCUGUUAGCGGCUCCGUUAGCGGCUUCGUGAGGACGGACCGGCGGAAAUCAGAAUCCGCGGAUUCGGUUACGAGAAAGUGGGUGAUGGAGUGAACAGAGCCGGCGGGAUGUCCAUGGAAGACCCGUUCUUCGUCGUCAAAGGCGAGGUGCAGAAAGCAGUCAACGCUGCUCAGAGCCUCCAUCAUAGAUGGAGCGAACUGAUGGUGGAGGGAGGCGGAGCCUCCAAGGAGGAGAUAGACUGGACGACCAAUGAGCUGAGGAACAGCCUGCGCUCCAUCGAGUGGGACCUAGAGGACCUUGACGAGACAAUCAGUAUUGUCGAGUCGAACCCAAAGAAGUUCAACCUGGAUGCUGCCGAGCUGUCUAAGAGGAAGGCCUUCAUCAACAGCAUGCGGGUUGCCGUCAAGGAAAUGAAAGCUCAGAUGUCGAUUCCACCUGCUGCUUCUGACCGAAAGAACAAACAGGCUCUGCUGGGUGAACGUGGUGCUCAGGGCCCCAUAUGGCAGCCUGGUGCAGAUAAGUACAGCCGACUGGACCACCAGCUACAGAACGCUAACUCUCAGAUCAUCGAGGAACAGCAGGUCCAGCAGCAGCUGAUUGCGGAGCAGCAGGAUGAGCAGCUGGAACUUGUGUCGGGAACCAUCGGAGUCCUGAAGAACAUGUCGGAGCGAAUCGGCAUGGAGCUGGAUGAGCAGGCCGUGAUGUUGGAUGACUUUGGCCAUGAGAUGGACAACACUCAGUCCAAACUGGACAACGUAAUGAAGAAGCUCGCCAAGGUGUCCCACAUGACCAGCGAUCGUCGUCAGUGGUGUGCCAUCGGCGUGCUGCUUACCAUCCUCUUCAUCAUCAUUCUCCUUUUCUUUAUACUCUGAUCAAUGCCUCCACCUAUCGACAUGAAAUCUUAAUCCCGUUUACUGGACUCCAUUUAUACUCUACUGAACAUUCUUUGGACUGUGCUGAACUUUAUUUAGACUCUAAUGGACUCUUCCUGCUGAUCGGGAGUGAACAGCACUUUUGGUUCCUUGAGUGUUUAACUGUUAGAACCACCUCAGAGGUCAAAGGUCAUGUUUGGUGUGGUUUUGAUUGGUUGUUCUUUUUAUUUAAAACUGAAAAUAACAAGUUUCA